AUGAGCCAAACAACUGAAAAAAAGCGUUUUAGUAUUGUCUGGCAGUACAUGACAGCGGUAGAUAGUAUAAUAGCUGUAUGUGACACUUGUCAAAAAAAAUUGUCAUACAAAACAUCAUUAACAAAUUUAAAAAAACAUUUAAAGGCUGUUCAUGGGAUCAAUAUUACAGAAAAAGUUGAUAGAGAAAGAGAAAGCACUCCUGAUGUUGAUAAUGUGGUUAGUUCAUCAGGUUUGACUGCAAGCACCACUUUAUCAUCUUUGACCACUAUUACACCAAUUUUGACUUUUGCUACAUCAGCUUCUACAAGUUCAAUUUCGACUUUUGCUACAUCAGCUUCUACCAGCACACUUAAACGCAAACAGCCAUCGAUUGCAAGUUUCUUACCUAGAAAAAUUACACCAGAUAGGAAAAAAAUGUUGGACAAUGCACUGGUCAAUAUGAUUGUAACUGAUUUUCAGCCAUUUAAAAUAGUUGAAGAUAAAGGAUUUAAAAAAUUUGUAAAUUUAUUAAAUCCAAAUUAUUCAUUACCUACUCGACAAGCAAUCUCGAAGACAUUAAUUCCAUUGGAAUACCAAAAGUGUGUGUCUAGAGUGGAAGAGUUGAUUGAAAAGGAAGUUAACAAUGCAAUCAUAACAAAAUGGAAGUUGGACGGAAAAGUUGUUUUAGUGGUAUCAGAUAAUGCGAGUAAUAUUAAAAAUGCAAUUAAUAAUUUACAAAUAAGACACUUGGGAAGUUUCGCUCAUACUAUUAAUCUUGUUGUCGAAGAAGGUCUUAAAUGCGAAUCAGAUUUAAUAAAUAAAGUAAAGACUAUUGUCACUCACUUCAGGAAAAGUACAAAAGCAAAUAAAAUAUUAGAAAAAAAUAAAAUAAAUAGUGGUAUUAAGGAUCCAAAAAAGUUGAUUCAAGCAGUGAACACUCGCUGGAACAGUGUCUUUUAUAUGCUGGAACGAUUUGUUUUGCUUGAAAACUCAGUUCGGGCAUCACUCGGUUUAUUGGAAAACCCUCCAAGUAGCCUCACUGGUGUAGAAUGGAUAGUAGUCAAAGAGCUAUGCACUGUAUUAAGACCAUUUGAAUCAGCAACAAAAGUAGUGAGUGGAGAAAUGUAUAUGACUGCGUCGAUGAUUUUGCCCAUCGUUAACGGACUCACAGAAGUUAGCUCUAAAAUGAAUAAUAAACCUGAAUUCGACUCAAGGACGCAUAAAGUAGUCAACAGCAUAUCAAAUGCAAUGAAAAGUAAAACUAGUUGGGGGAAUAUUUACCUUAGUAAGACACUAGCUAAAUGCACUUUUUUAGAUCCACGGUUUAAAAAUAUACUAUUUUCUUCAAAUCCCAGCUUUACUGAAAAUAUCAAAACAGAAAUUACCGAUGAAGUCACUCACAUUAUACAAAAUAUAAGAUCUAAGAACACAGAUAAUACACUUACUCCACAUAACAAUGUACAAGAACCUUUUGUUGAAAAUCAAGGUAAUGAAUUUUCAAUUUGGGGUAGUUUAGAUGUUCAUGUAAGCCAAUCAAGACCAAUUAAUACAAAUCGAUCCAGAGCCAUAUUAGAAGUACAAAAUUACCUUGAUGAGGCAUUAGUUCCUGUAAGGGAUCAUAACCUUCUGUGA